AUGAUUCCCAGUGCCAAGAAGGCAUGGUUGCCAGGCAAACCAAAAAAAUGUCCUUGUGGAUCAAAUCACACCUCACGCCGCCAUUUGUUGAAUUGCCCACUUGUUCCUGCAACACUAUUUGAACAGUUGCCUCAAUCUGACCAUGACCAGAUACACAGAAUUGAUUUUGCCAUCACAUCCUUACCUUUGUCAUCUCAAGAACCGCGACCUGCAUACUGGAUACCACUGAUGACUAUUCUCUGGCACAUGGAUGUUAUAUGUAAUCCUGAUGGUGACUAUUCACAUGAGACUGAACAUGCUGCAAAGUGGAGAGCAGGUUCAGCCAUUGAAGCUAUGUAUCCAUCCAUCAACAUCUUUACGCAAAAUGAUCCAUCCAUCACGAAAAACAUACCCCCAUUGCCAAAAGUAGUGCAGUCCUUGUCCUUGGUAUCUCAGCUGUCAGCAAAAAAAAAUUCAGCUCAAUCAGACAACAUCAUGCCAUCUGCAUUCUCAAUCCCAAUGGCCAAUUUGCAAAUCGGCAACAUGCAGGGAUUACCAACCGAGCUUACCUCAUUCCUGACGACAUUGCAGGCACAAAUCAUGAAUGUGCAAAACAGAACCGACCAGUUGGAGCGACUUGCAGCAGAGAAUGCAAGACUAACCACUGAAUUAGACUAUGCUAGAACAACAAUUGCUAAUCUGCAGAAGCAAUUAGGAUCUCAGAGUGCACCUGAAAAAAACUUUUCAGAAAUUUCACUUUCGAACUCAGCCGGCGUGGUAGAUCCUCAUAUCAACAACAAAGAAUCAGGUCUGGAAGCCUCCACUUGGGCUAGUAAAGCCAGUGUUUCUCUUCCUGCAAUUGCACCAAAAGUGCCUACUGUUCCCUCUGCUCGCCGAAUUGCAGCUUCUGUCCGUAUGUUUGCUCUUCCCUCUGGUCCUUCGGGUUAUGAAUAUGUUUAUAUUCCAAGAUCAAGACGCCUUAAGCACAAAGAAGUCCGUUCCUCUCUCCGCACUCUUGGUGUGGAUUCUUCUCGACUUUUGGACAUUAACUUCCCAGCCAGAGGUGUCAUUGGCAUCCUUGUUCAUGUCCAGUAUGCUGAUACAUUUAAGGCCAAACUGACAACUGCUUCCGUUGAGAUUUUGGACGCAUUUGAUCCACUUGACCCUGAUAAUGUUGCUGAUCCCAAGUAUGCAUCUCUGUCCACUCAUGAACUUGCCAACACUGCUGCCAUGCUUCACUAUGAUAGAUGUCUUCAGGCCCUCCAGUUCUUGCGCCCUCAUGUUGCUAUCCCAGUUGGUCACUUCUUUUGUGAGGAAGGGUGGAUCAGUGAAGAUGAAAUACCCACAUGCAUCACUCUUACCAAUGCCACUGGUGGGUCAUUGUUCAAAUGUCAGUGCAGCUCAUCAGUCACUAUGUCUGAAUGA